AUGGUGAGGAAAAAUCAUUUAACAGGUAAAAAUCAUAUUAAAUUAGUUGCAGAUUAUUAUGAAGAUGAAGCUAAGAAAUUAGGGAUAUGGAGAUCUAAUGAUUUACCAUUUGAAAUAACAGUGGAUAAAUUAUAUAGAGGUGUACCUGGGUCUCAAUCAAAACAACCAGUUGAUUAUUAUAGAUUAAGUCAAACUAAGAAAUUACCACCACCACCAACCUUGGGAAAUUUACCUGGACCUCCACCUAGAGUGUUACAUGAUGUGUGUGGUAAAGAGGUGAUUCCAGAUAUGCUGAAGACUGUUAAUUGA